GAUAUGCAGUUGUCGACAAACAAGCGAGCAAAGUAUAGAGGAAGCGAGUAUUCUCGACAAGUUGGCACUGACGCGGAUUGUCACACCUCGCCGACCUCGCACUUGACACACUUGUGACCAACCGGUCGGCGGUCACCGAGGAGGACGCAACGAAGGAAGAGCAAGAGCAAUGCAGAACACCUCGAAGGCGCAGCAGACGGCGCAGCAACCGAGCCGCACGUCCGUCGUACACCUGCACAGGAAGAAGCUGACCGAGUGGGAGAUACAAGAGCUGCAUCAGGAAUUGGAGACUGUCGACCACCUGAUAGAUUUGGACACCUUGUACGAGAGGCUGGGCACAAACGCAAAGACGGGCCUGACGAAGGAGCAGGCGCGUAUAAUCAUGGAGCGAGACGGACCAAACGCCCUGUCGCCGCCCAAGGUCACGCCGGAAUACGUCAAGUUCCUCAAGUGCAUGUUUCACGGAUUCGCCUCGUUGCUCUGGGUCUGCGCGGGUCUAUGCUUCGUCCUGUACGCCGUGACUUAUCUGACGCACGAGGCCGACGUUGGCAUCGCGUGGCUGGGCCUCAUCAUCGUUCUGAUAUGCAUCAUCUCGGGGGUAUUCGCGUACAUCCAGGAGAGCAAGAACAUCAAGGUGAUGGAGUCGUUCAAGAAGAUGGUGCCCACCUUCGCCACCGUGAUCCGCGGCGGUACGAAGCUGCGCCUGGGCACGGAGGAGCUGGUGCUGGGCGAUCUGGUGGAGAUACGCAUGGGCGACAAGAUCCCGGCGGACAUCAGGAUAAUCGAGUGUCGCGGCCUCAGGGUCGAGAACUCGAGCAUCACCGGCGAGAGCGAGCCGGUGGCGCGCACCGACUAUCCCACCGACCGCAAUCCCCUCGAGUCCGCCAACGUGGCGUUCUCCACGUCGUUCGCUGUCGCCGGCUACGGUAGAGGGAUCGUGAUCGCGACGGGCGAUCGCACCAUGAUAGGUCGUCUGGCCGGCCUGACGUCGCAGCUCGUCAAGAUCGAGACGCCGAUCGCCAAGGAGAUCAGACACUUCGUCGAGAUCAUCACGAUCGUGGCCGUUCUGUCCGGCCUGGCGUUCUUCGGCCUGUCGUUGCUGCUCGAGCCCAAUCUCGUGCGGGCCUUCACCUAUCUGCUCGGCAUCGUGAUCGCCAACGUGCCGGAGGUGCUGCUGGUGACCGUGACGACGGUCCUGACGCUGACCGCCCAGAAGAUGGCGAGCAAGAACUGCCUGGUGAAGAAUCUCGAGGCGGUCGAGACCCUCGGCUCGACGUCUGCCAUCUGCUCCGACAAGACCGGCACGCUCACGCAGAACAAGAUGUCCGUGUCGAAUUUGUGGUUCGGCCACACCAGGUACAACUUCCCGCCGGGCCAGACGAUCGGCGUCGAGAGGGAUCUGCUGCUGGAGAAGCCGGCCUUCGGCGUCAUGCUGCGAGCGGCCACCCUCUGCCUGCGCGCCGAGUUCACCGCCGAGUCUUUCAUGCUGGCGCCGAUCGAGGAGCGCGAGAUCAUCGGCGACGCGUCCGAGACCGGUAUCCUCAAGUUUUGCGAGCACAUCCACCCGACGCAGAGGUACCGCGAGAUUCAUCCGAAGGUCGCCGAGAUCCCGUUCAGCUCCACGACCAAGUGCCAGAUGUCGAUACACCGGGACGCCCGGGACGGUUACACCAUGAUACUCAAGGGCGCGCCGGAGGUGAUACUGGACAACUGCGCGACGAUACUGACGGCGGACGGGGAGACGAGGGAGAUGACCGCCAACGACCACGCGAUAUCACGCCGGGCCUGCAUCGAGCUGGGCUACCUCGGCGAACGCGUCCUGGCGUACUGCGACCUGGAUCUGCCCGGCAGCGCGUACGGGCCGAGUUACAGGUUCGACACCGACUCGCCCGCGUCCUACAACUUUCCCGUCCGGGGAUACAGAUUCGUCGGGCUGAUUAGUCUGCAGGACCCCCCGAGGCCGGGCGUGCCCGAGGCGGUGCACAAGUGCCGCACCGCCGGUAUCAAGGUGAUCAUGGUGACGGGCGAUCAUCCGGUAACGGCGAUGGCGAUCGCCAAGAAAGUGGGUAUCAUAAGCGAGGGCCACGAGACUGGUUACGAGCGAGCGAUCCUGCAGAACAAGUCUCAGACGCAGAUCAUCCAAGACCACUCGCAGGUGAUCGACGUCGGCGUCGGCGUCGGCGCGAUCGUCAUCACCGGCGCCGAAUUGAGGAACAUGGACGCGAGCGAGCUUGACAACGUCAUACGCAGUCACGAGGAGAUUGUGUUCGCGAGAACGUCGCCGCAGCAGAAGCUGCUAAUCGUCGAGAGCUGCCAGCGGCUGGGGGAGAUCGUCGCGGUGACCGGCGACGGCGUAAACGACUCGCCGGCGUUGCGCAAGGCCGACAUAGGGGUAGCGAUGGGGAUCGCUGGCUCCGACGUUGCCAAGAACGCCGCGGACAUGAUACUCAUGGACGACAACUUUGCGUCGAUCGUCACGGGCGUCGAGGAGGGCCGUCUGAUAUUCGACAAUCUGAAGAAGUCGAUCGCGUACACGUUAACGUCGAGCGUGCCGGAGAUGUUGCCCAUGUUGAGCGGCCUCUUACUCGCGAUCCCGCUGCCGUUGGUCAUCGAGCUUGUCAUCUGCAUAGACGUCGGCACCGACCUCGUUCCCGCGAUCGCUCUCGCCUACGAGAGGCCCGAGUCCGAUAUAAUGCGCCGAGCGCCGAGGAACCCGCGGUACGACAAACUGGUCAACAAGCGUUUGAUAUCCAUCACCUACGGCCAGAUAGGCAUGACGCAGUCGUUUGCUGGAUUCUACACUUACUUCAUGGUGCUUAUGAUGAACGGCUUUAUGCCCGACCGCCUGUUGGGCUUGCGAAUAGAGUGGGAGAACCCGUCCAUCAACGAUCUACAAGACUCCUGGGGCCAAACGUGGACUUACGAGAACAGAAUGAAUCUCUUGAUGGAGGCGCAAAGCGGAUACUUCCUCUCCAUCGUUAUAACGCAAAUGAUUGAUCUGGUCAUGUGCAAGACCAGGCGCAAUUCCAUCUUUCAACAAGGGAUGAGCAACUGGUUCGUUAACUUCGCCUUCGUUUUCGAAGUUAUCCUAACGGGGAUCUUGCUCUACGUUCCAGGCACGGAAUACGUGUUCAAGACCAUGCCUCUGAAGGCCUAUUGGUACUGGCCUUGCCUGCCGCUCGGCGCAUUUCUUUGGAUCUAUGACGAAUUGAGACGUUUGUGUAUCCGUCUCUUUCCCGGUGGAAUUAUGGAGAGAGAAACGUACUACUGACCGCGAGAUCCUCCUCCUUUCAGCUGCCUCGCAAAGAGAACGAGAACUCGCCGGAGAUGACGUUUAUCAAAUAACUCGGAUACUCGAGCGUUACCAAUAACUUUACGGGAGUAUAGUAUUUGUUAUUAUUAUCACCAGUGGCAAAGCAGUCCAAUUGUUACGAUAGAAUUUACCCCCAACUGUGCCGGAAGAUCCUCCUUUCCUCUUUAUUUAUAUCAAUAAUAAAAAAAUCUG